AACCGUAUGCCUAAAUCUCUACAGUCCGUUCCACUUUCUCGUCCUCCUCAACUGUAUAGUCCUUCUCCGGUUCCUAUACCACCUGCUACGACGGCUUAUCAUUCGCCUUUAGAACCCACAUACUCCACAGCAUCAAGAUCUUUUCAAGGACGCCAGGUUCCACCAUUUAUAGAUAUUUCAAAUGCUGAUAAUGAUCUACUUUUCCCACAACCAAGUAUAACUACUCCAAUAAUACCAGCUACACCUGGUCAGCCUUUUCCGAGUCCUGGCCUUGUUUCUCCAAACACUCGUCGUCCUGCAAACCUUGUAGUUGGCGGUCAGCAAUCCUUCAUACAACGGAAAUCGUUUGCUGAAAUAGUAAUUUUUACAAAUGCUCAGUAUAAUCAAUUAAAAAUUUUAUGCUCUGAUAAGAUAUUAUCAGCGUACAACGCAGAAAUUUGGGAAUCUAUACUCGUCAACGAAAAAUUUCCGACCACGAAUUCUGGCGUUCUAGCGAUUUCUACAUCUUAUUUAGUAUUGGUAUUGACAUCUGAUUAUUUAAGGCAAGAUGCCUACGACGUGGAGAUGGCCACAGUAAGCUUGGCAAUUGAGUUUGGUGA